UGUCAUUUCCGUUUCUGGUUGUUCCUUUUAGAUUUUCAAUUCCUUUUGAGUUGACAGCAUAAAACAUGGAUAACCGUUCAAUUUCGAAGAAAAGAAAGUUUGUUGGAGACGGAGUCUUCAAAGCUGAAUUAAACGAGUUUUUAACUCGUGAACUCUCUGAAGAUGGAUAUUCUGGAGUAGAAGUACGUGUUACUCCCCAUCGUACGGAGAUUAUAUUGUUGGCAACUCAUACACAGAGUGUUCUUGGUGAAAAAGGUCGUAGAAUCCGGGAACUGACUUCUGUUGUACAAAAACGUUUUAAUUUCAAAGAAACCCAAAAUAUUGAAUUGUAUGCUGAAAAAGUUGCAACUCGUGGUCUCUGCGCUAUUGCUCAAGCCGAGUCCCUACGUUUCAAAUUAAUUGGGGGUCUAGCUGUUAGAAGGGCUUGUUAUGGAGUUCUCCGUUUCAUCAUGGAAUCAGGAGCAAAGGGUUGUGAAGUGGUUGUUAGUGGUAAAUUACGUGGACAAAGAGCAAAAUCAAUGAAAUUUGUUGAUGGAUUAAUGAUCCACUCUGGAGAACCAACCAAUGAAUAUGUCAAUACUGCCACUCGUCAUGUACUCCUUCGACAAGGUGUACUUGGUAUCAAAGUAAAAAUUAUGCUCCCAUAUGAUCCUCAUGGCAAAACAGGUCCCAAAAAGCCUCUUCCAGAUUCUGUUUCAAUUGUUGAACCAAAGGAUGAGAUAUUUCCUUCACAACCAACAUCUGAAGUGAAAGCAUCGAAGGAUUUACCACAACCUAUGCCACUCGCAGUGUAAUUUAUAUAUAAAUGAAAAUAAACUUUUAAAAGAAA